AUGGAUGAAGAUACACUACUUAUUCAAUCAUGGCUCAACGUUUCAAAAGAUUCAAUUAUAGGAGUUGACCAAAAAGCAGAUGGUUUUUGGUUAAGAAUUGCAACAAAUUAUAAUGAGUAUCGUGGGCAGUUGCGAGAGAAAACACUAAGUCAACUAAAAUCUCGAUGGCAUCGAAUUAAUGGUUUCGUUCAAAAAUUUGUUGGGUGUUACAAACAAGCUGUAAGUGGAAAGAAAAGUGGAAGCUCGAAGAAGGACAUCAUGAUCGCUGCACAUGCUUUUUAUUCUCAAGAUACAGGUGGACCAUUUAAUGACGAAUAUGCAUGGCGAUUGCUAAAAUGUGAACCUAAAUGGAUGGGAGCAUCAAUUGAAUGUUCUUCAAAAAGAACAAAGAACUCUACUAGUGGAGCCUACUCAUCAUCUCCUAAUACAGAGACAAGUUAUGAAAUUGACUCAACAUCACCAAUGGAGCGUCCAAUGGGACAAAAGGCAGCAAAAAGAAUGGGCAAAAAGAAUGGGCAAGGCAAAGGAGGUUGA